AUGCUUCACCCCUUCAUUACCCUGCCCCUUAUUGUGCUAUUCAUUUGCGAGGAAGUCAUCGCCAACACGGAAAUUAUCAACUUCCUUGCCGCUGAGGAAAGCAAUGUCGACUUCUCGUCUACCACGGUUGACAGCUGGCCAGUUUUGAAUUACAAAAAUAAUCAGGGGUAUUGGAACGUAGAUCCCCCUCUGCUCGACACGCCUUUGCAGCAGGUAUGCGAGUCAGAGACAGGCAUUGAUCCGGCGAACCCCUUCUCAUGCCUUCAUGAGCUCUGGGUAGCGCUAGAUCUCGAUGAUGAAAACUGGAUGUCCUAUUCAAAGUUUACGCUACGUCUAUCCUGGCCUGCUUCCUCCCCCGCGGAUUUUUUGCUUGAAAUCCACAGUCCUCAGGCGAUCUUGACCCGUUUGUCUAGACUACCGCAACAGUCAGCGAUAGACGAUGCUUCCAUCACUACGCCGCAUUUAUCGCGCACGGGUUUAUCCACUACUCGCCUCAAGUACGCCAGGAUACGAGUCGUUGAUACUGGCAUACGCACACCCACACGCACACCUGAUCUCCCUGUUUCGGCUGCUCGACCGAUAUCAUUCAUUCUCGUUCUCGAACAACUCUAUCUUGGCGUUAUACCGGCUUCUCUCGUUCCUGCUGCGUGUUUCCUUAUCCCCGUUCUGGCCUGUGCGGCUCUAGCCACACCGUGGAUACUUGGUUAUCUCGAUCAUUUCAUAAAGGAGGCUAGACAGGAAUUGCGCGAUUUUAGCACAGUUGAGGAAAAGAAGGAACACUGA